UGUAAACAUAUCCACACAUUAAUAUAGUUUCAUAUGUUAGGAUGUAGUAAUAUAACUAACUAUCUAGACAGAAAAAUAAAGUUCCUUUUCUGAAAAUCAUUUCAACCUUAUUCUGUGCUAGUCUUAUCAACAACAUAUUCAAUUUCACUCUCUUUCAGCUUACAUGAUUGGUCAAUUCUAAACAUCCCUACAUAAAAAGGAGUAAUGCAGUAAUGCAAUGAAAUGUGUUCAUAUUUUUAACUAACCACCAUCCAUAUUUGUUUAUUGAACAACAAAAAAACGAUUGUAAAAUUCAAAAAAGCUUUCGAAUAGUUUUCAUUCUAGUAGAGAGAUUUCUUUGAUUUGCACCAUUACUGUUCAUGUUUUAAUAUUAUUGAUUGCAAUUAUUAUAACAAUCAUCUUAAUAUCAACUAAACACAUUGAUGGCACUUGAACCAGUAGUAAUUAGUCUUCGUAGACCGACAUCAGAUAAAUCUUGGGGAUUUGUAUUACAAGGUGGUGUUGAUCAAGGUUUGCCAGUAUUUGUUCAUAAAGUUACACGUCAUGGGAUAGCUCAUAAGUCUGGACUUGAACCUGGAGAUGUAAUAGUGCAAAUUUGUGCAACUUCAGUCCAUGGGAUGACACAUGCUCAGGUGAAAGCCGAAAUUUUAAGAGCUGGUAAUGAGUUAGAUUUUAAGGUUAAAAAACGUGAUUUCAAUGUGGUUGCAUACAAUCAAACAAUGCAACAAAUAGCUGCUGCCAAUCGACCAAUCGAUGUAGCUUCAAAUUCACCUGAACCACGUGCUGAAAUAGUGGAAGAACAUUUAUGGCGACAUGGUGGUCCAACAUUUAAAAAUGUUCAACCAAAAUCAUAUAAAAUCCUUGAACAACAAUUGCCACAAUCAAGUAUGGGAGCCAACAAUUACGAUAUGACAGGUCCUUCACCAGGUUCUGUAUUCGAUCGCAGUAUGGAAGAACGAUCACCAUAUUUACAAGCUACUGAGCCAACUAUUCAAAAAGCUUAUGGUGAAUCUUAAGUCUACAAGUUAACGAAACACCCAAAGACACUUUCUUUUCUCUCAUUGUUCCGAUUAAAAAAAAAAAAUACAGUGCCACAAAAUGACCUACAUUUAUAAUAUAUAUAUAUAUAUAUUCAUUCAUUUUUUUGCUUGAUGUAAUUAGAUAUUUAACUUUCUAUAUUUAUAUACAAAUAUUGCUAAUGUUGUUUAUCCGAUGGCAUUACUUCAUAUAAUAAACCAUAUAUAUUGCUCAUGCCUUUCCCCUUCUCUUUCUCAUUCCUUCCUCUAUCUAUCUGUAUCCCACCCAAUGUAUUCACUAUCUAAAGAGAUUAAACAAUUUCUCUUAUGUAUAAGUGUUUAGUGUUUUUAAAAAACGAGAUAGAGAUACAUACCCUUCAAAAAGUAAAUAAAAUUAAUAAUUAAUUUUACUUCUAUUUCAUUUUCUAUCGCUUUCUCUCGUUCUCUUUUUUUUUCUGUUUAUUUUCCUGCCCUAAUCUAUCAAAAGAAAACUGACUGAACAGAGUUUUCCAAAUAAACAUCUUAUUUAAUAAA